GUGGUUUACUUACGCGCUGCCAAACACCAGCUGGCAGCCAUUCGCAGGGAAACGCGGACACGCAGAAAGCGCACAAUUGAAAAAGUCGGAAAAAUAUAAAUGUAAGAGGUGUAUGGAAAUGUCAGGACUAACUUACAGAGAAAUCAAUGGCGACAUAUUUGCCUGCCAAGGUGAUUAUUCCAUGUGCCACUGCGUAGCUGCCGAUUUGCGAAUGGGCAGAGGAAUAGCUGUAAAGUUUCGCAACAAAUUUGGACAGUUGUUAAAUUUGCAAAGGCAAAAUGUUCAGCCGGGCGGCGUGGCUAUCCUUCAGGACCAGCAGCGAUAUAUUUACUAUCUGAUCACCAAGAAAUCCAGCUGGGGAAAGCCCACCUACGAACUACUCCAGAGUUCCUUGAUCGCCAUGCGAAAACACAUGAUAUCCCACCAAGUACCCAAGUUAGCCAUGCCCCGCAUUGGCUGCGGUUUGGAUGGCCUGAAGUGGCCCAAAGUUAAGGAAAUUAUUUGCCAGGUUUUUCAAGGGGACGCUGUGGAACUGGUGGUUUAUAAUUAUGUUGCUAAAAAGUAAAUGGCACAUAUGAAACUGAACAAUUCCAUUAUUUCCCCUGUGGCGGCACAAAAUUGUAGACGACAAUCUCCACUGGUUCUUGGCCGAAAACGUACUCGAGGACUCCGCUGACCUUUUCCCAUUCCAAGCCAUCAAUUCCACAGCCAA